GGCAUUAAGCAGUGUGCCGCCGUGCGAGUGAUACAUGUCUUCUUAAGUUUAAAUGUCAACCAAACAAAUAAUAGCUAGAGUAAAUGCAAAAAGUAAAAAUAUUAGAAGUUUAGUUAAAAUUUAAUUCUGAUAUUAAAUUAUUUCCUUUUUAUUUAUGUAGCCACAAGCAUUUUCUUUUUGGUGUCAACAGUAAUUUACAAUGAGUGCCAUGAAUUCUGUUUGUUAUGCCGGAGGCAGCAGUGACAGACUUAUACAUGAAGCAGAUCAACUAAUAUCAUACAUAGAGCGUGGCUCCAGUGUUCUAAAGUUUUUCCCUCGUAAGCGACCAGAAAGACGGACUUUAUCAGUCCGCCGGGAAACAUAUCAAGUGAUCUGGUUCAGACAUGGAACACCUCAAAGACACGCAUUUGAGGGUGCCCUCGACAUCAGAGAUAUCAAAGAAGUUAGGGUCGGAAAAUCUUCGAAGGACUUCGAUCGGUGGCCAGAUGAGACUAAGAGGUUGGAAAGCAGUAAAUGUUUCACCAUUUAUUAUGGAACUGAGUUUAAACUGAGAUCAGCAUCAUUUGCAGCUCAAACUGAUAAAGAUUGUGAAGCUUGGAAACAAGGCUUAAAGUUCCUUAUUGAUGAAGCUGUGAAUGCUUCAUAUCCCUUGCUGAUCGAGAGAUGGCUGAGACGUGAAUUUUAUGCAAUUGAAAAUUCACAUGAAAAGAUAACUCUUAAAGAAGUGAAAGCAUUCCUUCCUAAGAUCAAUUGUAAGAUUUCGACAAGCAAGCUGCGAGACAUCUUCCAAGAGGUUGAUGCUGGAAAGAGGGGUGAAAUUGGUUUUGAUGACUUCUCUGUGCUUUAUCAUAAACUAAUAUAUGAUGAGAAUAGUGUACACGAUCUGUUCGAUAAGUAUUCACUGUAUUGUACUAACGGCACCACGAUCACGCUGAGGGACUUCCAGCGUUUCCUCGCCAUCGAGCAACACGACCGCCUCGCCGAAGAUGAGGCACAGUCAUCACAGUUCAUCAGGGACUAUCUAAAAGACCCCCAGCGCGACAUAUCCGAACCUUACUUCACGCUCAAUGAGUUCAUUGAAAUGCUCUUUUCCAAACAAAACACUAUCUGGGACAGUAAACACUCCAAAGUAACACAAGAUAUGACAAGACCCUUGUCACAUUAUUGGAUAGCGUCGUCCCACAAUACAUACUUAACCGGCGAUCAGUUUUCAAGUGAAUCAUCUCUUGAGGCCUACGUGAGGUGUUUGAGAGCGGGUUGCCGGUGCAUCGAACUAGACUGCUGGGAUGGACCGGAAGGCAUGCCUUUUAUUUAUCACGGCCACACGCUUACUACCAAGAUAAAGUUCAUGGACGUUCUUCGCACCAUCAAAGAGCAUGCUUUUGUCGUAUCUGAUUACCCGCUUAUACUGUCCAUCGAAGACAAUUGUACGCUGCCCCAGCAGAGGCGUAUGGCCGCCGCUUUCCAGGAGGUUUUCGGGGACAUGCUGGUAAUACAACCUCUUGAGAAGAACGAAACCAAAUUACCGUCACCGCAAGAUUUACUCAAGAAAAUUAUACUUAAACACAAAAAGCUACCGGAGGGCGCCGAGGAGAAUUCAUUCGCUGUUCGCCAAGAGGAAGGACGUGAUUUAGAUCUACGUAACACUAUCAAGAACGGUAUACUACAUCUCGAGGAUCCCGUGGACAAGGAGUGGAAUCCGCACGCAUUCGUGUUGACGGAUACCAAACUGUACUAUACGGAACACUACAGCACGCCUGGGGAAACGGAAGCCGACAGUGACGGGGAGACUGACGCUGAGAAUGGUUCCGUACCUCAAGACGAGCUGCACUUCGCAGAAUGUUGGUUCCACGGUCGCCUGGCUGGAAACAGACAGGAGGCGGAAGACCUUCUGCGAGCCCACUCCCAUCUUGGAGACGGUACAUUCCUGGUACGUGAGAGCGUCACAUUUGUCGGCGACUAUUGCCUGUCCUUCUGGCGGCAGGAUAAAGUUAACCACUGCAGGAUAAAGUUGAAACAGGAACGUGGUACCACUAAGUACUACCUGAUCGAAUCAGUAUGCUUCGACAGUCUCUACAGCCUGAUAACUCACUACCGUCAGCAUCCGUUACGGAGUCAGGAGUUCUUGAUUACUCUGCGGGAACCAGUACCUCAGCCGACGAAGCACGAGGCCCAGGAGUGGUGGCAGGGUCAGUGUUCGCGAGCUCAUGCUGAAGAGCUACUCCGCAGGGCUGCCACAGACGGAGCCUUCCUUGUGAGGCACAGCGAAAAGGAGGCUAACUCAUAUGCCAUCAGCUUCAGGACUGGUCGUGAAAUAAAGCACUGCAGAAUCAGGAAGGAGGGGAGGUUGUUUACCAUUGGUACGGUGAAGUUUGAAUCGUUAGUUGAACUUGUGAACUACUACGAGAAGAACGCUCUUUACAAGAAGGUUAAGCUGUGGUUCCCUAUCAGCGAUAAGAUUGUGCGCCGCAUCGCUAACGAGCCCGACGACAGCUCCGUGUACGGAACACCCGGAUACAUGGACCCAACAACGUUCACCUCAAAGAUAACAGUGAAAGCGCUGUAUGACUACCGAGCGAGACAGGACGACGAGCUGUCAUUCUGCAAGCACGCGAUCAUUAGCAAUGUGGACAAACCGGACGAUGGCUGGUGGCGUGGAGACUACGGCGGCAAGAAGCACCACUGGUUCCCCGCAAAUUACGUACAGGAGUUGGAACUGCCACACGCCCCAGAUAUUGGUCUGGAGAGUGAGAGCGCUGCAUUAGGCUCUUUACAAAAGGGCGUCGUAGAUGUACUGGGGGCCGUUGUUGAACUGGUAGUAGGCGAAGAAGGCGGGGCUCCGAGGUGGAUCGUACGCGUACAAAGUCCUACCACCUGCGUUCCUUUCGAUAUGGCAGCUCCCACUCGUGAGAACGCUUUAGAAUGGCUGUCUGCGAUUAAAGAAGCAGCUCAGAGCGCCAGCGCUAGGUCACUAAUGCACCGUAAGAUGGAGCGAACUUGGCGCAUUGCAAAGGAAAUAUCCGACUUGAUAGUGUAUUGCCGGUCGGUGACAUUCAAUCAGGAACGUCUUCGCAAUGGCGGCUUCAUUUACAGCGAGAUGUCCUCCUUCCCCGAGACCAAAGCGGAGCGCCUCAUGUGUCAGCAAGAAAACAGCUUCUUCAUGAAAUACCACGCUGUGCAGCUCAGCCGCAUCUACCCGAAAGGUCAGAGGAUCGACUCCUCUAACUACAACCCGGUGCCAUUCUGGAACGCUGGCUCUCAGCUGGUGGCGUUGAACUAUCAGACGCCGGACAAACCGAUGCAACUGAACAUGGGCAAGUUCAGAGAAAAUGGUGGUAGUGGAUACGUUCUGAAGCCAAGCUACAUGCUGGAAGCCGGGGCGCGCGCUCGGUCGCCCGUUUCCAUUCUAUUGCGCCUUAUUGGCGCGAGACAUCUCUGCAAAUCUGGUCGUGGCACCGCUAGCCCUUUUGUAGAGGUGGAAAUCAUCGGCGCUGAACACGAUAGCGGCGUUAAGCUUGUCACAAAAACAGUCACUGAUAACGGCAUAAAUCCAAUCUGGAACGACAUCUGCGAAUUCGAGGUUUCGAACCCGGAAUUGGCUCUCAUCCGGUUCUUGGUUCAAGACGAAGAUAUGUUCGGGGACCCUAACUUCAUGGGCCAGGCCACCUACCCCCUGCGCUGCCUUCGCCCCGGAUAUCGAAGUGUAGCCCUCACCAACGGAUACUCUGAAGAACUGGAGCUAUCAUCGCUCCUGGUUCACUUGUCAUACAUACAUCGCUAAAAUAUCCCGUAGCUAUACAGGCAGCUUUCUUUUAACAAUUCCUCAAUCCAUACACAAUCUGUGGACAAGUGUUGUCCUGAGGAAUUGGAACUUCACACCAGCAUCUACGAUCAUUACAUAUGAUUGUCACUAGAUUACCAAUAUAGGCAAUAUAUGUGCCAAAUUGUAUUCUUUGAAUCAUUCUUCAGCGCUUCUGAAUUUUUAGCAUUUUAUUGUAUUUAAUAAUUAACUAUUAAGAUAAAUAAUUAAUUUUUCGUGAAUCUAAUGAGCUUGCAAUAAUGGAAUUUUAAAGACUGUUCUACCUCCUGUAUGAGACUAUACAGAAGCUUUACUGUUGACUUUUUUUUUAUAUUUUUAACUUGACUGACAUUUUCAACGUGCUGUUUUUUAAAUCAUGGUAUCGAAACGACAUUUUGCGUUCGCUAUUUAUAUUUUUUGUGUACAUUUAUUAUACAUACAAUUGUAACACUGAGUACAACUGCUUUACAAAUAUUUUUGUUCAGCGAGCUAUUUGACUUCGCAGCUUCGUGAGCGCGCACAAAAUAUUAAAUAUUUAACAGAAUAGAUACUGUAGGUUAAUUUAAAAUAUACAUCCGUUAUUUGAGGUAACGUUACAUCUUCCAUUUGCCUCAAACGCUGCAAUUUAUUAAAACUUUUUAAUUUAAUUUUUUUUCAAUUGUUCGGGGACUCUGUAAUGUAAUGUCUAGAUGUCAUUUCUUUUCUUGCUUCUACACAACAAUAUAUAGGUUAUAAGAUUGAAUAAGGAUUUAACUACGACGUAUAAUAAAUAUUUGAACGAUUUCGUUUAAUUUUUGAAUUAACUAAUACAUUGAACUGAAUGAAAAAUGAUCACAUUUAGGAAAUAAAUAUUGACAAAUAUGAAUUUAAUAUAGAUUCAAAAUAAUAAUAUUUUAUAUAGGAACUGUUGUACUUCUUAUAGAAAUCUUUUCUAUAAUAAAAAAAAAAUAUGUCUUAAGGAAACUAGGUUGAUGUCAUUUGCACGUUCGUAAUGUUACACAAAUAAAAAUUAUGAACAUACUGUAUUAGGUAUAUGUAGUUGUUUUAAAUAUAUCCGAUUCUAUUAGAGUUUUAGAAGAGUAUUUUUAAAAUUUAAGUGGAGCUUGGCUCGUUUAGUAUUAAUGGUGUUGUAGCCUUUGUAAUUUAGCAAUGCAAUAUAAGUGGCAGGUGGUGGUCUGUUAAACGAUUCUACUAAUAAGAUGUAAUGUUAACGAGAGACUUAGUUCCGACAGUUUGUUCUCAAAUGAAGUUAAUAAACUUUAACACUUACAGUUUUCACGUUAUGUAUACGUAAUAUCGUUGACUCAACAUGGAAUACUUACAGUAAAUUCCACUACACCUACAUCAGUUCGCGCCUACUUCUAUUAUCUAUACGUUAUAAAACCUGUCCAUCUCUAUGUAAACUUGUACUAGAGUAGCCAUAUUUUUACUUAAAUUUUUGCAAUUCCAUACUGGUUUUUCAAAUUAAAUAUAACAUGAAUGUGACGUAUGAAUUUAUGUAUCGAAUAGCGAAUAAUAUUCUCCGCAGGUUUAUUCUAGUCACAGUUAAUAAUAAUAUGCUUAUUACAAGUUUGAAUCGCCACAAUACAAACUUAGCGUUUGACGUUUAUCAAUCAAUAAUCCAAAUUAAUACAUUAAAGUGAUUUAAUGUGACGACGCAAACUUGGGCUGGGCAUAUAAAUCCUUAAUAGUCUGAACUUUAAUACGCACACGUGGUAUGUGGAUUACUUAGAAACAUAAGAUAAAUAAACGAUUUUAUAUAAUUAAUGUAUGAUAUAUAAUAUACCCAGCAAUGGUUGUGACGGUGCUGACUUGUCGAUUGUAGCCAGGACUAAUGUUAAAAUGUCCAUGAAUUUUGUCCUAAAGAAAAUUGUGUAGCUAUUUGUGACAUCUGUUUAUGAAUUUUUCGCUUCCAAUAGUUUCAACCUCUAUAUACAGACUCUUUGCUGAAUAUAUUAAUUGAUGUUUUUAAAAAGAUCUUGAUGUAUAUCUCAUAGUAAGUAAGUUUUUUUUUUUUUUUUUACUAUAUAUGACAAUUUAUUCUAAAGUUAUACUUCUACAUGUUAUACUUGCAUUUAUAAUAGUGUUUUAUAAUAAAUUACUGAUAUUAUACUUACUAUCAUUUUAAUAAUAAAUACAAUUUUAAUGUGA